AUGCUGAAGUCAGUUGUCCGCACGGUGGGAGCCGCUCUUCGCCUUCCUGCGGCUUCCAGCUCCACAGCACGGGCACUGCCACUUCGUUGCCCUCAACUUUGCGCACCGAACGCGGCUACAGCCAGACCCUUCACCCGCUCCCUCUGGAUGAUGAACGGCAACGGAGCGUCGGGUUAUAGGCCAAAAUUGUUCACUUCCAAAGGGUUGAAUCCAUCAGCGUCGUGUGGCUGUGGUGCGAUGCACACAGAGGGCGACAAGUCAUUUGGGGAGUUUUUAUUGGAUGAAAUAAAAGAGGAGAAAAAGAUUCAGAAAAGUGCAACCUUACCCAAGAUCUCCGGGGGUUGGGAACUGUCUACGGAGGGCGCACAGGCUGAACUCACUAAACACGUGGCUGGAGAGAAAAUCACAGUCACUUUCAAUGUCAAUGACAGCAUACUUCCAAAUUUUGCGGAUGAAGCAGAUAAAGGAGAGCAAAAGUCUGGAGAAGAGGAUGAAAUUGUGUCGACGCCCAACUUUGUGGUUGAAAUUACAAAAAAAGCAGCAAAAAAUUCUCUGGUGAUCGACUGCCAAUUCCUUCAAGAUGAGCUGGCACAUGGCGAAGGUGAGGAAAGCGACAUCUUUGGUAUCGUCGAGGUCAGCUUCCAGCCAGAGGGGGACACGGAAAUGGAAGAGACCAGUUACAUACUCACCAAGGACUCCCUGAAUGAUGACCUCUAUGACCACAUGAUGGACUAUCUGGCUGACCGGGGUGUCGACAACACCUUUGCUGAUGAACUGAUUGAGCUGAGCACUGCCCUCGAGCAUCAAGAAUACAUUAACUUUCUGGGAGAACUCAAAACCUUUGUGAAAUGUAAUUAA